AUGGAGGCCAGAGGCACUGUGGUAGUGCUCCUGGCCAUGCUGACAGUUGCCUCUGUGGACGCAAAGAUCUACGAACACUGUGAGCUGGCAGAGAAGCUAGAAAAGGCUGGCCUCAAUGACUUCAAGAGCUACACCAUUGGAGAUUGGUUGUGCAUGGCACACUAUGAAAGCGGCUUUGACACCUCCUUCAUUGACCACAAUCCCGACGGCAGCAGUGAAUAUGGCAUUUUCCAGCUGAACUCUGCCUGGUGGUGCGACAAUGGUGUUACACCCACACAGAACCUCUGCUACAUGGAUUGUCGUGACCUGCUCAACCGCCAUCUUCUGGAUGACAUUAUGUGUGCCAAGCGAGUUGUGAAUUCACAGGAGGGAAUGGCGGCCUGGGAUUCCUGGAAGCGGCACUGUUCUGGACAUGAUUUAUCUCAAUGGCUCAAGGGGUGCAAGAUGCGUGUGAAGGUUCACCCAGUGAAAACAAACACAUGA